AUCAAGCAUCGCCGGGACGGAAGCCAGAAUCGCCUCGGGUCCGGCCGCGAAGAUGGCGUCCUCCGCGUCUGCUCGGCCUUCGGCCGGGAAGCGAGUGGUGAAUCAGGACGAAUUGCGGAGGUUGAUGAAAGAGAAGCAGCGUCUGAGCACCAACCGGAAACGGAUAGAAUCUCCAUUCGCGAAGUACAACCGUUUGGGGCAGCUGAGUUGUGCCCUGUGUAACACCCCGGUUAAGAGCGAGCUCCUGUGGCAGACUCACGUCCUCGGAAAGCAGCACCGAGAGAAAGUGGCCGAGCUGAAAGGCGCGAAGGAGGCCACCCAGGGUCCGUCCGCCAAGAGGAAGGCACCAGAUGCAGAGAGCCAAGAUGCCAAAAGAGUGAAGGCCUCUCCGGUGCCUCAGGUACAGCCCUCCACUUCCGCCUUGCCCACCAACUUUGACAAAACCGGAAAGGAAUCCACUAGAACGAUCCUCAGUAAGUCUUCGGGACUCGGUUUACUCCCUGAUUAUGAAGAUGAGGAAGAGGAGGAGGAGGAAGAGGGGCAGGGAGGAGGAGGAGAAGGGAAGAAAGGGGAUGCCAGUAAGCAGCCGUCCAACGUACCGAGCAAGGAACACUCACUUCCCUCCUCGCGGGAGGCAAGUGGUAGUCGGCUGCCAAGCGGCUUCUCAGAUACAAAUCCUCCCAAGGCCCCUUUAAUUCCUCAUUCGGGGUCAAUUGAGAAAGCAGAGAUACAUGAAAAAGUAGUGGAAAGGAGAGAAAACACUGCGGAAGCAUUACCGGAAGGGUUUUUUGACGACCCUGAGAUAGAUGCGAGGGUACGAAAGGUCGAUGCCCCGAAGGAUCAGAUGGACAAAGAGUGGGACGAAUUUCAAAAAGCCAUGAGACAGGUGAACACUAUUUCCGAAGCCAUAGUUGCUGAAGAGGAUGAGGAGGGACGGUUGGACCGGCAGAUUGGAGAGAUCGAUGAGCAGAUAGAGUGCUACCGUCGGGUGGAAAAGCUGCGGAAUCGCCAGGAUGAAAUCAAAAAUAAGCUUAAAGAGGUGCUGACCAUUAAAGAAUUGCAGAAAAAGGAAGAGGAGAAUGUUGACAGCGACGAUGAGGGAGAACUACAGGAUUUAUUGUCUCAGGAUUGGCGGGUGAAAGGGGCUUUGUUAUAGGAUUUCACAGACGCAAGAUUUCUACACCCUCUACGAUUGUAUAAAAAGUGCCGUCUCUCAAUGUAACGUUUACUCCAUGCCUAGAGAUUUGGUGACCUAACUGGGUUGUUGAGAUACAAGGAGCCUGUGAAGAUACCGCUUUGGAAAACUGGUGUAAAAUAUUUUUGAGGUAAAAGUGUUUUUGAAGUUUUUAAAAGUAUUAUAUACUAAAACGCCCACUUUUUCACACACAGAUCUAAAGUUUGAGUUGUAAAAGCUGUAAGCUGUAGAUACUGUACAUAGUUAAAUAUAUAUUUACUUAAUUCUGCUUUGAAGUUUGUAAAUGAAUAGAAGUCAGACCAACGGACAAGCUUUUAGAUGAAAACCAGGUGUGGCAUCUGAGGUGUAUAUGGCUUUUUCUUUUCUGACUCCCUAAAUCUAACUCAAGAGGGUUGGGGGGACUGUUUAAGAACACUAUUCAUAACACAUGUUAUUCAAGUCUAAUCAGUUCUCCACAUAUUCUGUUUCAAAACCAUAUUCCAGGAGAACAUGGUGAAAGAUACAUGCCAAAUAUGACUAACCUCCUUGACCCGGAGUUUCUCUUUAUUGAACCAGUGCUUUUCAGAUGUAGGUACAUGAGUAGAUCUCAUACAAAACUUUUUUUUAAAGUGCACGUGAGGGAGUUCCCUUGUGAUGCAGUGGGUUAAGAAUAGGGCAGAUGUCACUGCAUCAGCUCAGGUUACUGCUGUGGCGUGGCUUUGAUCCCUGGUUCUGGGACUUCCACAUACCGCAGGCCUAGCCCCCUCAAAAAAAGCGCACGGUGAAUCACCUAUGAAGCUUUUUAAAAAAUUCAUGUGCCCAAGCCCUACCUUUGGAGAGAUUGAGUAAAUCUGGAGCAGGGCUCAGACAUGUGUAUCAAAUUGAAGGCCUCCCAGGUUAUUCUAAAAAGGCCAGAGUUGGCAUGACAUUGCUCUACAUUCAGAACCCAUUUAUAUAUUUCUAGGCUUUGUUUUUUCUUCAAGUGACAAUUUCAUAAGUUUACUAUCUAUUGCAUAAAAGAAAUGCCACCUUUUAUUUGUAUCCCAUCUAGUCUUAAAUUUUAUGAUUACAUAUUUUGGUAAAUUAGUAUUCAGAAUUAAUAGGUUUUAUAAAUUGUAGGAAGGUGGCAUUAAGUUGUUUCUCUGGUAACACUUGUGCUGAUCAUUGAUAAUUGAAAUCACUUAUGCUGAUCAUCGAUCAUGAAAUUGAAAUCACUCCUCCCUUUGGAGAUAGAGGUAUUCAAAUAAGAAAAAGAAAUGAGCAGUGUUCCAGGGGUAGGCAUGCAUACAGCACAUUAGAACAAACGUGAGCAGGAGUUCUUAUCGUUGUUUAGCUGGUUAAGAACCCCACUAGUAUCUAUGAGGAUGUGAAUCUGAUCCCUGGCCUCAAUCAGUAGAUUAAGGAUCCAGUGUUGCCACAAAUUGUGGUGUAGGUCACAAACGUGUGGCUGUGGUGUAGGCCAGCAGCUGCAGCUCCAGUUCGACCCCUAGCCUGAGAACCAACAUAUGCUGAGGGUGCGGCCCUAAAAAU